GAUGGGCCAAGGAAGCAGCGCCGCUGUUGUGCCGUUCGUCAACACGAACGUACCGCCACCUGAACUUGUAAGCGGGAGAAAUAUGCGUUUGUGUGCAUUGAGUUUUUGUCUUGGUGUGUUGGUGCAGGUGGAGCGUGCCUGUAUUCUGUCGGCCUUCGACACCCCCGAGGUGCUGUGGCUAUGGCAGCAGUACUGCAGGCUGGACACGGUACGCAUCUCUCUCGCACGUUGUGUGUGUUGUACAUGCGUGUUCGUUUGUGUGAUUGGCUGCAGGACGAGGAUGGUGUCUUGAGCUGCGAGGAGCUGCUGGAGCUGCCUGCUCUCAAACACCAGCCAUUGAGGGAGCGUCUUCCGUAUGCGCUCGGGCUCAACACAACAAAGGUAUGAAUUGCGCAGGUGUGUCUAUCGGUCGCUUGGUGCAUGUCUGUUCCACCCGGUCCGUAGCAAUAUGACUUUCCGGCCUUUGUGGCCGCUCUUUCGCCCUUCAAUCCACGAGUAAGAGACACGUGCGUACUUGCAGGAGGGAUGCAUCUUCUCUACAAGUAUCGGGUGUUUGUGUGCAGUCGAGCCUUGACGACAAGACACGGCUCCUCUUUCGGCUGUACGACUCCGACCAGGACGGCCGCAUCACGAAGAAGGACCUCAGGUCUACCAUGAAGCUGGUCCUCAAGAGCGGGGGCGAAGACACACUCAGCGAAGAACAGUUUGAGGAAUGCCUCGACCUCACCCUGACGUAAGCAUGCAGCCAGCAACGACCAGUGUCUCUUACACGAUACCAGCUGCGUUCCCUCGUUCUGUCCCGUGUUGCAGAGAGCUUGGCCUUCCGACCGAUGAGCCGGCCGACGAGAAACAGGCAGAAAAGGACAAGGUCGCACUCGGCGACAUUGGUGCGCCGAGCGAGGCUGAGCAGGAGACAGCUGUCGGGGAGAUAGAAGUGAGUAGGAGGGGUAGCAGUUUGCAGGCGGGCAUCACCUAUGAGAUGUUUGCUGGGUGUGUCGGAACCACCAACCUCGGACCCAAGCUCUCUUUCUUCAUCACGUAGAGACGCGCUAUGAGAAGAACAUGUGUCGCUAUGAGUCUCCGCGGUUGUGUCUGCGACACAGUCUUGAUCGCUCGAUUCACUGAAUCGGUGUGUAUUGAACGGUUUGCACGAUGCAUGAAGACACCACUACAGAGAUUGAAACGUUUAGUCGGUCG